AUGGGAUUGUUGACACAUCGACGAAGAGCAAUCAUUAGUUGCUUGGUCCAAGUCGACCCCCGUAGAGAAUGCAGAGCCUUCAGGGCAAUGAAGCACCUCUCAAAUCAGCUGGAACACUGCGACCCAGCCAAGACCCAGCUGUUCAAGCUACUCAACAAAUAUCGUCCUGAAACCAAGGCCGAGAAGAAAGCUCGCCUCACAGAGACUGCUGCUGCCGUUGCUGAUGGCAAAGAUGCUUCCAAGGACACCAAGAAGCCGCUUUUCGUGAAAUACGGUCUCAACCACAUCGUGGCACUGAUUGAAGCCAAGAAAGCCUCGCUUGUCGUUCUCGCUCAUGAUGUUGACCCCAUCGAGCUCGUUGUUUUCCUACCCGCGUUGUGUCGCAAGAUGGGUGUGCCCUAUGUCAUCGUCAAGGGAAAGGCACGCCUCGGCACCGUUGUCCACAAGAAAACCGCUGCUGUCGUCGCUCUCCAGGACGUCAAGAGCGAGGAUGCACGGGAACUUGCUACUAUUGUCAGUGCUGCCAAGGCCAAUUUUUCCGACAAGUACGAGGAGCAGCGUCGUCAAUGGGGUGGAGGUGUUCGUGGAAACAAGUCCGCUGCCAUGCUGCGCAAACGUGCCAAAGCCUCUGUUCUGUUCAAGCCCGCCUCAAAGCCCGACAUCUUCAGACACACUCUUUGUUACUUGGCUGGGGACACUCGAUCCACUUGUUAUUGUCUGCUCAUUCAUUUUCGCAAAUAUUCGAUCAGCCUCAACCUCUUGUUCUCGCGCAUCACCGCACAAAGCUUUGGCCAUCGUCGGCUAAACGCAUCCAGCCGCUGCGAGCUUCCAGCGUAUAAAAGCUCGCCGGAAUUGAGAGGACGACCAGGCUCGCCUACAACUCGCUCACUCACUUGUUCAAUGGACGCGUUCACCAACACCAUCAUCCCCGCCAACAUCGAGGACAUCACCGUCCCUCCCGUCAACGAAGACGGCGGCAACGGCUCCAGCGGAAGCUGCGUCGUUUGCAAGGAGGACACUUCUCUGGCGCCAGUCAACCAGGACGGCGGAAACGGCUCGAGCGGCAGCUGCGUUAUCGCAUGA